UUGACAAUGUCCUAGUAACCAUCGUUAGCGUACAAAACUGCACAAAUAACAGCUUUCGGCUAUGCUUAAUUAUUAAUUUAUCCUGGGGUUUAGUGUAGUUUAAACGAAAAGACACUUGAAAAUAACAAAAACGUAAGAUCGCCAAAACAAAAGAGGGCAAAUAACCCAUUUGUUAAAACCAACAUAUAGAGCAGACAUUGCAGUGAGCCUAGCCGCAGAGCUAAUAUAGCAGCUGCCCAGAGCUGCUGCCAGUUCACAUUGUAACGUUAUCUGUUCGCCACACAACAGCUAACAGAAUAACCCCCUUCAUGUUGUAAUCUUCGAACGAUUGGAUAACCCAGAGCAACAAUGGACUCUAAGAGGGACAAGGAUGAAACUGAAUGUUCAAAAAUCACCACCAUGCUUUUGAAGUCCCACACAGGGGAGUUUGAUUUGGAGUCCAUCUUGUUUCUUAAAUUGAAGAAUUUAGGAAUUUAUGACCUUGGGUGUAUAGGAGAGUGUAUAAACCUGGAGAGGCUGGACCUCUCAGGCAACAACGUCACAAAUUUGGGACCUCUUUCACCUCUACGAAGACUUCUCAGUCUUAACUUGUCAGCUAAUAGAAUCUCCAAUUUAGAACCACUUGCCACUUGUGAAAGUUUACAGAGUUUAAAUGUUGCAGGCAAUGCAAUAUCUAGUGUUGAUAAUCUUCAUGCUCUGAAGUCAUUAAGGAAACUGGAGAACAUCAGACUUAAGGACAACACUUAUAAUUUCACAAAUCCAGUCUGCAAGAAUCCAUCAUAUCGACCUCUUAUUCUUGAAAUUUUCCCAAACAUGAAAGUGCUGGAUGGUGAACGGGUCGUAGGACGUGGAAGUGACUUAUAUCAACUAUGCAAAGACAUUGAUGAUUCUAUUAAAGGUAUUUUCUUAGUUUUAAACCUUACUUUUCACUAUUGUUAAGAUAAUGUUUUUGAGUUUUAUAUCAUAAAGUUAUAA